GUUUGUUAUGUUAUGAGUCUAUUUUUAUUCGUCGAGCAAUAAUAACCUGAGUGUUUUUUUGUCCCAAAAAGGAUUUAAACUGUUGAUUUAUGACGUUUCUGUUUGUGUUAUGUAUGUAUAGUUUCGUAAUUUAUUGUAAUGCGUCAAAAAUGCUUGUAUUCUUUUCAUUGUCAUUGAAAAUGAAUAAACAAAGAUCAAGGGUGAUUUUGUCAUGACUAGAUCUCAUUCUCUCAACGAACUAAUCUAUCCUCAGUAUGAUUUAUAGAUAGUCAUACAAUGACUAAUUUAAAAAGUCGUAUAAAAAGCGAGAGUAGGCCCAAACAAAAUGUAUUUAUCAUUCAUUUGGAAGGUUAGUGUGGUCGUUGAUGCAGGAUGCUUCAUUCUCUACUUCAUCACAGCUCAAGCACUGCUACUCUAUUCUUUCGCACUGAUCAUCGACAGCAAUGAACUCGAUGAAUUAGACCCUGAACUGUGGUUUUUAAGAGACAUUUUAAUUUCAAUGGGAUUAGUUGAAAGAGGAAAUUAAAACUACAAAAUCACACUAAUAUUUUUAAAAUUAUUUGUUGUGUGAUUAAAAAAGACUGUACAAGACAUGAAGGGGUUUAAAAUAUCUGAUGUCAAACAGUCCAGAAUUGUUGGUAUAGCUUGUAAUUCUCUGACAGAAUUAAAAAAUAAAGGGAAGACCAAGUUAAAGAUUCCUUUAAAUGAAGAAGUGAGAAUUUUCUUACCUGAUGGGACAGAAGUGGAAUCUGAAGAAUACUUCCAGACCUUGCCCAACCAAGCUAUUCUUCUCUUGAAGCAGGACCAUGAGAAAAUUUUGACUGGUGCUGAUUUAAUCUAUAACGCAUUGAAAUUGGUGAAUAUUGAUAUAAUCCGUGCUGGGGAAAAGGUUCAACAAUUUUUAGAUGAAAAUAUUAAAGAAAAGGUGCGUGCUCUAGCCGAAGUAAUAAGUAAAAAAAGAAGCGAAGAAUCUAAGACUUUUCUAAGCCACAAAACUGAUGAUCCUGACUGGUUCUUUGGUUUGGAAACAAAUGCUCAUACAAAAGAAGCAUUCAUGUUUCGGCGAAGUCAAGAAAGAAUCAGAGGUUACUUCUACAAAUCCAGGAGUGAUAUAAAAAAGUCCACAUUGUACAUCAACAACAAUGAAGUGAGAACUGUAUUAGACGAAGUAUUUUCAGACUUCUCUAAAUCACUGAACCAAGACGGAUACUUUGGCUGUUUAUUUGACCGCAGUGCAGUAGAGGGAGCAUUAUGUGAUAGGCAAGGCCAUUUUAAGUGUUCGGGAGUAUGGAAAAGCAAGGAAUGUUCAUACAACGAAGGUAGAAGUCAUGAGAUAAACCCUUAUGCUAGCAGAGAAGAGAGGAUUGUGUUUUCAACAUGGAACCUUGAUCAUCAAGUUGAAAGGUCUCGCAGUGUUGUGCCAGCUUUGAUGAAUGCUGCAGAAUUUGUAGUGAGCAAUAGGGACGACACUGACUAUACUAUAAAUGUGCCCUACUUCUACUCAUUGCUGUUUACGACUCAAAACCUCAGGCUGGUGCAUAUUGUUUGUCAUGACAAAGGCAAGCACUUCAGUGCACAAUGUGACCCUAAGAAGUUUGUCAUCACCAUAUCUCCAAGGACAAGGAAACAAAGAUCGAAAAAUCUCUCUUCACUUCAAAAAUUCACCUGUUCAGUCGAGCAAGAAUAAUUUCAGUUCCCAUUGUUUCUUAAGAUCAAUGAAUUCUGGAUUGGUUAUUUGAUUAAUAGAAAUAAUGAAUUUAGUUAAUAAGAAUCAACAACAUUUUGGUGUUUCUAUGUAUAGUUCUAAAAAUGUUACCAUUCUGUCUUGAUCAGAAAUAGUUAUGGUAAUACAAUCACUUAGAUAAGGUAUACCAUUCAAUAUUACAUUCAAUUCAGUAUCAAAUCUUGUAAGAUAAGGUUAUAUAUGAGAAUGUUUUAAAAAACAUUUCUAGUUAUUUUAUUUUUAAUGGAGUUAAAAGUCAAUAGGAAAACCUUAACAAAUUAACUCUGAAGCCAUUUUCAAAAUUAUAAAUCUAUGAUACAGGCACUAAGACAAUUGUAUUAUUCUAAAAAUUGUGGAAUUUCAUAUUCUGCGUUAGGAGAAGGUGAAAUUGGGAGGGGGAGGUUAGUUAAGAAGGCAUUAUUUUGUUUUAGUAUUAUAUCUGGGAACACUUAGGAUGUUUUUGAACACUAUCAGAAUGGUUUUCAUGGGUGAAACUUUUCUUAAGAAACUUUAGUACAAAAUUCUAAAACAAAAAAAUAAUUUACUAUCCUAAAUUUGUGGCAUAACCUGAUAGCCCGCUUAUUUCAAAAUGCCUCCUCUAAAGUAUAAAAGUAAUAUUGGAAGAUGUGAGAUAAGUAUUUGUUACAUUUAUUUUAAUAUGAUGAAUUUUUAGAUUUUUCUUAAAUAUUUACCUUGUGUGAUCUAUCUUAUUUCAAAUAUAUUUCAAUGUGUAAUAAGAUAGCUCGGAAGAUGUAUUUUGGUAAUUAAUAUUAAAACCAGCAUAUUGAUAAAAUACAAUUUAAAAGCUAAAGUUUUCUUUCUAUUGCCAUUUUUAUAGUUUUAGGGUACUAAAGUAAUAAUUUAUUGCUAAAGUACAGAAUAAUUGCUUAUUAUUUUUCAAUAAUAUUAAUAUCAUCAUUGCCUUGGCACACAAAUUACUUACACAAACAUAUUUUUAAUAGAUAUAUUUUUUAGUGCAUGCAUUUUAUACUACAGGAAUCAAUACAAAAUGUCUAAUGUUCAUCAAAGUAACACAUUUUAUCAAGUAUAUAUUUAUUAAAUUUCCAGAAAAAAAUAGAUCACUAACACAACAUGAGUAUUAAUUAAAUAUAAUAAACAUACCUUUCCUCUGGCAUUUCCUGCCAAGGUAUCAAAGGUCAAAUGUUUUUGCUAUUAAAACAAAUCGUAUUUUUAAUGUAGUAACAAAAGUAAUAUGAGAAACUGACACCAAUUUUGCUACUUUGUGGUUUAAAAACUAGAAGAAGGGAAUCACUACCAAACAUUUCCCUAACAAUAAACUGAGGUGCCUAGAUGACUCACGCCAUUACCCAUACCGCACAGUUUACUCUCCCAGUUCACCUGUGGUUGUCAGGUAUGUAGUCAUAUACAGGUACCUCUAUUCAUAUACAGGUUGUCAGGUAUGACUACAUACCUGACAUUGGUGGUGGUUCGGAAGUCACCUUUAAGCCGUUGGUCCUCAGGUUGUGUUAGAAAGGCCUUCUUAGUCUUAACUUCGCCUGGUAAAAUAAGACAUCUUUACUUUUACAUGAACCUACACUGGAGUAUUCCGGACUGAUGCAGUUUCCCUUUGAUGCAAGUGAAACUCAUUAAUUGAUCAAACUAUUGUGUCCAUGACGGCUGAUCACAGACUAUUCACACACAAAAUUCAAACUUAUAAUGUCACUUAUAGCUACCAGUACCAAAUACGCACAUUUGGACCUAUGCAUACCAGAGGAAAUGCCACUCCCAAUGUUGAUUUAAAUAAAUAAGAAUAUUUAUUAUAUUACUCCUUUAUUAAGAUAUACAGGGAAAGUAUUUCUUAUUUUAAGAAACUUUACUUUAGUAGCUGUAAUUUCAUAAUUAGCUAGGGCAUUAAACUGCAAAAUUCCAUUCACUCAAUAAAUAAUUUCUUCAUAAUGUUACUUUUUUCAGCAGUUGUCUCACCAAUACCAAUAUACCAGAAUUACAAUAACAUGGUUUUAUGAAAAAGUAGAUACUACUUGCAUAUCCUGUGCUUCCAGCAGUUAGUUAACUUAAUAUUUAGCUUAGUUGUAAACAUUCUUAUAUCAAAUUUGUGUUUAUCAUAAGGCAUGUAAGAAGCUUUUAUAGCAAUUUUAAACUAAAAUUAUGGAAUGCAUGCAUACAUAGACAUGUUUUGUGAUCACUGAUUGAUUGUUAUUUAAUAUCAGUAAGGUAUUUGAUACAUACAGGUAAAUUGUAAAUACUUAUUUUUUUACAAAUUGUACUAUAUACAUUAAAUUAUUACAGAUAAAAAUGGGAUUGAAUAUAUAUUUUUAUACUAUUUAUUGAUAUUUGUGUUUUACGACUUGAUUGUUUUACCAUAUCAUGAAGGCUGUUUUAAACUAGAAUUUAAACUAUUUGUAUUAAAUGUUUAUAAAGAAAAUUGUA